UGCGACUAACAUAUAUCUAUGUUCUCUUUUUACAAAAUUAGCAAAUCAGUUAUUAUGGUUCAUCAAAACCACCUCCAUCGUCAAGAAGAUAUAGUUUUCCAUCCAAGAACCCAAAGAAAAAAAAAUCGUUUUCAUUGCUUUUAUCCAAUGUUCUUGUGAUUUGACUCCCUUCUUUUCUGAAUUCUUCAUGUUUUUCUUUCAAUCUUCUAUAAAAAUACCCAUAUUGUGUUCUUACAUCUCUUCCCUUCAGAAAUAAAAAGUUCUGAAUCCAAAAACACAAAUAAAUGUGACAUUUCUUCUGUUUUUCUUUUCUUGCAAUUGUUGUCAUAUUUAUUAAUAAGGGUUUUGAUUUUCGUGUGGUUUCAUCAAGAUUUUAUUUAGGGAGUGAAUGUUGAGCCAAUGACAAGCAAAUCUUGAUUUGGUUGUGUAGAGAGUUGAUGGGAAACCGUUGUGCAAGAACUUCUUGUUGUAGAAAGUUAUGGUCAUGUAUAUGCUGCUGCAGCAACAGCAACAACAACAAGGACGAGGCUCAAGCUAGAAGCCAACAUGGGACUAAAGGAAAGGUCCAUCCGGUAACCAAAAUCGAAAAAUGGGAAGAAAAGAUGACAGAAGCUAACAACAAUGGCAUGAUUCUUGUGGUGUACUUCAGCGCGCCGUGGUGUGUACCUUGUAAAAAGAUAGAACCAGAAUUCAGAAAACUUGCUUCUAGAUACCCUUCAAUGAUAUUUGUAACCAUUGAUGUCGAAGAACUCGCUGAGUUUAGUGAUGAAUGGAACGUUGAAGCUACACCAACUAUAGUGUUCCUUAAAGAUGGGAGACAAAUGGAUAAACUUGUUGGUGCUGAAACCUCAGAGCUUCAGAAGAAAACAGCUGCUGCUGCAGAUCUCUUACUCAAAAAACCAUAAACUCUAAACAAUAGAAGAGAAACAGAGUUAGGCUUUCUUCCAUUGUCUGUCAGAAAUUUGUUCAGAGGAAGUGAUUUCAAGAAGUUACUUGCGAAUGAA